AUGUUUAUAGAAUAUUCCAGGUUACCAGGAUUCGAAAGUAUCAAUGCGUCAUUUUCCAGAGGCAUGCUCAGACUGGCCAAGUUUACCAAUUUCGCUACUAAUGAGGAGAAAUUGGAAUACCUCAAACUUUUGGCAGGUCCUAACAAGCAUGUUCAGAGAAUCAGCGUCAAAGAUUUCAAGGAAAAUCCAGAUGAGAUAAAUUAUAUCUACAUUAUGCUAAUAUCUAUUUUACAAAUGGAAGAAUGUUUGACCGUUCUUGUUCAAUGUCCGACUGUUUAUUGGAUACGAUUCGGCUGGCCUGGAAAACAGGCCGUAAGCACUGUGAAUUCUGCAAACCAAACACUGGCAAGCGCUUUCCAUGCUGUUUUUACUCCCUAUUUUUCAAUAAUGAAGAAGGUUAUGGCCAAAAUCAAAGACAACAUGUUGCUUUUUGCCCAACCUUAUGCUAAUUCAAAUAAUUUGUUUAUCAAGCAUUUCCAUGAUCUCAUUUUCAAGAACUCAAAAGAAGAAGCUGCAAGUGAUACAAUCCUAUAUUUAAGAAACAACGUCAAUAUUCCAAAUGUUUUUUUUAGUAAUAGAAAAGCAGUUUUCCAUGGUGAUCGUGUGAAAAUUGGAAAAUUUGAUGGCCAGUUUUUAAGCUUUUCCUUUAAACGAAAAGUGAGUUGGUCGAAGUUGGAUUCAGUGGAUUCAUUUGAAAUCACUGCAGUGAACUAUAGAGUACUCGUUAACUGGGAGAAAACGCCAAGAAAGAUUUUUCUUCCUUUGAAUAGUGACACAAGUAACCUGCGCUAUAUAUCAAAAACAACUUUGAAUGGAGAAGAAGGGAACCUUAUCAAGGAAAAAACAGGAAAACCUCUCCAUAAGGAUGAAAACGCUUGCACUAACGAAUCACCGUCCAUCGAGUUUCCAGUUACGACAUCAGCAAAAACAGAAUAUUUGCUAAAAAGUGAUUUUUCCUUACAAAGGAUUAAUAAGAGCAGAGAUCCUACCCUUCAAGAGCUCAUGUUGAAUAAGGCGCAUUUGUCACGAGAAGACACUUUUUACGCCGAAAACAUGUCCAAAAGAAAGCAUUGCUCUUCUGAUGCAGUUGCUCACGCUAAUAAGUGUGACAGUGUGCCUAUGCUUGUCCAGAAAAAGAAUACUACUGAUCUCCCUCUUUCAGUAAUCGAACCGCUAAAUCCUUCUGCAACUAGUAAUAGAGAAGUUGUCUUAGGGGAAACCAAAUAUCAACCAAGUGUCAACACUAAAAAUGAAGCCUCUGGGGCUGAAAAGAUUGUAUCGAGAAGAAGGGCAAACUGGAUCAGCUCCAAUCCAGCUCCUGACCCCUACAGAAAAGCUUCAAUGAGCAAAAGCAUUUUUUGCCCCAGUUUUAAAGACGUCUCGGAAAUAGCGCCUUCCAAACGUAUUAAAUCAGCUUCUCCAAAUUAUACGCCUGAUUUAGAGCAAAGUCCAAGAAGUCUCAUUAUAAAAAGCAAGUCUAAACCUUUCCAAAAGCAUAACAUUUCCCUGAGUACUUGUGGACGCUUUCGAAACAAACUGACGAAAGGGGCUUUUAAAAUCAAAUCUUGCUAUCAUAACUUGGACGCUGAUGUACACAGGAACAAAGGAAAUAAUUUAUUACAAAAACGUCUAAUUCUUCAGGAUAAAACCAGGAAAAAAUUCGAGCAAUUCAGGAACGAUUUGCAAAGAGUUUCUCAAGCGCUUAGAGCUGCCAGAAAAAGCUGGGAAGAACAUGGCUCCCAUAAUCCCAUCUAUUGA